CCGAAUCGGGAGACGGAUCUGGGCUUCCAUUUCCGGCGGCGCUAGGGUUUUGGAGGUGAGAGGCGAGGAGAGAGCAGAGCGACCGUGGAGGCCAGCACCGGAGGGGGGGGGGGGGGGGAAGAGGGGCGAUGGCGCUGACCAACUUCAUCCUGACGGUGGUGGGCGUGGGCACGGCGGUGCUGCUGCUGCGGAGCGACGUGAGGCAGUCGGCGGCUAUCUUCCGCCGCAACCUCCGCCACAUCCGCAACUGGCUCGAGGAGGAGUCCUCCGCCGCCGCCAAAUCUGCUGAGCGUGCUGUACCUAAGGAGCUGGAGUCCCAGGCUGCAAAGAAAGAUGUUACCCCAAAAGAUGACAAGCAUUAGAUGAUAUUGCACUUUAUGUUCUCGCACAAUGUAGCGGUGAUGUGAAAUUAGAAUUAAGAGGUAGCAUUUGUGAAUUUUUUUGGCAGGAUCUUCAAUCUAUAUGAGAAUUUGACUCCAUAAGUAAGGGACAAAUGGAUAGCUAAAUGUAUGUGAUUUAUACUUGUUUCUUAAGGUUUUAUGCAUGGAAUAUAUGGAGGGGCUACUUGGUACAGUUUGAACA